AUCAGUGCGAAAAUGGUUGGCUGGCUGGAGACACGGCGACUACUGGUCUUAUUGCUGAUGGCCCUUGGCUUUUGCCUAGGAGGCUCAAAGGAUGCAGAUGCAGAUGCGGAUGCCAAGUGGAUGGCUCCGCUCAAACAGUAUGGAUACACGGCCAAACAUCUGAAGAACAAGGUGGAGCACGGAGAAUUCACCACCUUCGAGCUGGGGACCCCCAAUUACCGGAUCCUUAAUCCCGAAGACGAACCGGAGUAUAUUACUGCGGAUCAACCGCAUUACCAGGAAAUGCUGAAGCGACUGACAAGUGCUCAAAGUGGAACUGAUACCAUCGAUGUGGAAAUGGCAAGUCGAAGGGAAACAGUUCGAACGGUUCCCGAUCAGAGUCCAAACCAAAAAUCUUCUGAUAUCCAAGAAUCAGCCCAACCAAAAUCACAACUCGAACCUAAGCGCUGGGAUAAGAUUAAGAAGCGCAGCUCCAUCCAAAAGGGACGUGAUAUCAAGGAAACCGUGGAGAAGGUUGCAAAUGACGAGCGAAGUUUUAUUCCGGAUAUUCAGGUUUACUCCGGAGCCAAAGCGUUCCAAAGUCGUGUGGCUAAUCUCAAUUAAGCAAUUUUGAACCACCAUUCUAUGAAUAAAUAGCAAAAGCUUGCAGUCAAUUAAUUUGUUUUCCUCUUUCGGGUUUUAUUAGCAUGAAAGUGCUUGCCCAGAAAGCGUUCCUCUCAAAUAUGGCCCUUACUAAGGUGUUUCAAGUGUCCCGAAGUGUACAAAUACGUUUCUGUAAAACUGUAUGUUAUUUAGAUCUCCAUCAUAAAAAGAAAGAUAAGAAGACAAAACGGUAUACUCAGCUACCAACUUUUAAACAGGAAACAGUGCUUGGUCUGGUAACCACUAUCAAAAUAUUCCGGAUAUUCAGGUUUACUCCGGAGCCAAAGCGUUCCA